GACUUUCCGCAUUUCCUUGAACAAACGAUUCUCUUUCCGGUACAUCAUGGCGCCCCCCACACCACUUUUAGCAGUCCGGGGAUCUGACGGGACAUUUCUUCUCCGUGGACCCCCCAAAUGCGAGGAGAAUGCGGAUUUUCCAAGUUGUAAACCUUUAUUUUUCAGAGACCCUCGGCAAAGUAGAUACGCAGCUUUCAGUAAGGACGGGACAUUUUUUGCAUGGUGCAAUGGAGAGAAGGUCACUGUUGUGAAUGUGGCAGAUGGCUCACAAGUCAGGUUGUUUGACCUGCCGAAGACCGCAAUGUUGGAGUUCUCCCCUUUGAACACUGUGUUGGCCACGUGGCAGGUGUACAGCAAGACCCAGGACAAUCCACAGGGAGAUCCCAACUUGCAGCUGUGGGAUUUGAAAACUGGGUCCUGCCUCAAAGCUCUUUACCAGAAGAAGGUACAAGGAUGGUGCCCAAGCUGGUCAGAUGAUGAGAAAAUUGCGGUCAGGAGUGUUAACAAUGAGCUUCACUUUUUUGAGAACAACGAUUUUAACACAAUUGCCAAUAAGCUUCACUUGCAGAAGGUCUCUGAGUUUGUGCUGUCCCCUGGAAGUCAACCUAGUAAGGUGGCUGUCUAUGUCCCUGGCAGCAAAGGUGCCCCCUCAUUUGUCCGGCUCUACCAGUACCCAAACUUUGCAGGCCCAACCUCUGCAUUGGCUAACAAAAGUUUCUUUAAGGCUGACAGGGUGAACCUGCUGUGGAACAAAAAAGCCACUGCGGUUCUGGUGACGGCCAGCACAGAGGUGGAUAAGACCGGUGCCUCAUACUAUGGGGAACAGACUUUACACUACCUGGCCACGAAUGGGGAGACGUCUUUGGUGCAGCUACAAAAGAACGGGCCCAUCUAUGAUGUUGCGUGGAGUCCCAGUUCCACUGAGUUCUGCGUGGUCUACGGCUUCAUGCCCGCCAAGGCCACCGUAUACAACCUCAAGUGUGACCCUGUCUUUGACUUUGGCACGGGCCCCCGCAACGCUGUUUACUACAGCCCGCAAGGACACAUCCUGAUCUUGGCUGGUUUUGGGAACCUGCGGGGCCAGAUGGAGGUGUGGGACGUCAAGAAGUGGAAGCAGGUGUCCAAGCCCCAGGCACCUGACUCUACCCACUUUGCCUGGUGCCCGGAUGGCGAGCAUGUGGUCACUUCAACCUGCGCCCCUCGGCUGCGUGUUAGCAACGGCUACAAGAUCUGGCACUACACUGGCACGGUUCUUUACAAGCAGGACAUACCGGCGGGCACCGAACUCUGGGAGACGGUGUGGCAGCCCUUCCCAGAUGGGACGUUCCCAGAGAGGCCGGUGAAGUACCAGGCAGCGCCCAGCGAGCUAGGCAGCACCGAGGCGAAGCCGGCACAGGCCUACCGCCCACCCGCCCUGCGGAAUAAACCGGUCACGGCCAGCUCCAAACUGCAUGAAGAGGAGCCUCCACAGAACAUGCGGCCUGGUGCUGCCGGGGACAAGCAGCUGUCUAAGACGGCCCUGAAAAACCAGAAGAAACGGGAGGCAAAGAAAGCAGCCAAACAGGAGAUGAACCCAGAUGUCCCUGAGCCCCAGUCAAACCCCUCUCAAGCCAACAGCACUCCAACUGAACCCUCAAGUGGCGACCCAGAGACAGACAAAAAAAUCAAGAAUGUUAAGAAGAAACUGAAAGCUAUCGAUGAGCUGAAAGCACUGCAAGCGACUGGGAAACCACUUCAGAAGAACCAGCUUGAAAAGAUGGAAAAGGAGGCCCAACUCCUGAAAGAGCUUGAGGAUCUUCAACUAGGAGUGUAAAAAAACAAAG